GGCCGCAGUACGCUCACACCACGGUCUGCAAAACAACAAGAGAUCGUUCCGAUAGCUGCCAUUCUCCGCUUGCACCUCUCUCACCUUCGCUUAACCGUGUCAAGCAUCCUGCCACGCUUAACUGUAACGUCUAUUUGUGACAAUGUGACGCUGCCGUGACAAUGCGCGUCUGUGACAGGCACUGUCGGUCGGUCGGUGACUCGGGUCCAGUUUGGGCGGAACUUGCUUCGAUCGGGUACAAGAACCAAUAGCUUCAAGUCCGUUUUACUACUGGCCACCAUGUCCUCCCUCAGGACCUUGCGAUCCCUCUCUUCGGCUCACAGAUUUAUCUCAAGGACAUCGCCAGCAUGGCAUCUAUCACGCAGACUCAAUUCAACGGUAUCCAGAGAUCCUAUGACAGGAGAACUCACAGCGCUGCCAGACAUCGAGCUCUCUCGCCUGGAAAUUAUUCAGACAAAACAACCAAAACAGACUCCAAAUGCAUCUAAUCUCGUGUUCGGACAUACAUUUACCGAUCAUAUGUUGACCAUUCCGUGGUCGGCCAACUCUGGAUGGGGAAAUCCAAAGAUUCAGCCGUACGGUCCUAUCUCAAUAGAACCCAGUGCUACUGUCCUCCAUUACGCCCAGGAGCUAUUCGAAGGCUUGAAAGCUUAUCGCCACCCUGGCGGCAAAGUGACGCUCUUCAGGCCUGACAUGAACAUGAAGCGUAUGAACACUAGUGCAAAACGUGUCGCUUUGCCUACGUUCGACGGGGAUGCUUUGGUUGAGCUUAUGAAGCGCCUCAUUCAGAUUGACAAACAUUGGAUACCUGACCAGCCCGGCUAUAGUCUUUAUAUCCGUCCCACCUUGAUUGGCACACAACCUGCUUUGGGUGUUGCGCCUCCGAACCAGGCCUUGCUAUUCGUCAUUUGCAGCCCUGUAGGCCCAUACUACCCUGAAGGCUUCAAACCCAUCGCAUUGUAUGGUACAACAGAAUAUUCUCGUGCCGCUCCCGGAGGGACUGGCGCAUUCAAGCUUGGCGCGAACUACGCACCAGGAGUUGUUGCUCAAAAAGAGGCUGCACAAAAAGGUUACGCACAGAACCUCUGGCUACAUGGCCCUGACCAUCACAUCACUGAGGUUGGCACUAUGAACACUUUCGUUGUGUUCAAACAUGAAAAUGGCGUCACCGAGCUUGUCACACCUCCUCUGGAUGGCAUGAUUCUUCCCGGUAUCACUCGUGAUUCGACCCUUGCUCUGGCACGAGACCAUGCAUCAGGCAAGGUCAUUCUCGAAGGUCUCCCAGAACCGAGCAAAUUCGUGGUCAACGAGCGUCCCAUCACGAUAAAGGAAGUCAAGGAAGCUGCUCAGAGGGGAUCUCUCGUCGAGUUCUUCGGUACUGGAACCGCUGCUGUCAUAAGCCCCGUGAACAAGAUCGGUUACCUCGGUGAAGACAUUCACAUCCCUACAGGGCCAGAUGGUAUGGGCCCUGUAUCACGACCUAUCUGGAAGCAAUUGGUUGGCAUCCAGGUCGGAAACAUUCCUAGCCCAUGGAGCGUUGUUGUUACAGAGUAAAUUUACCCUCGAUUUGCUUUGCUAGAGCAUCUAUUACAGUCGAUAUACCGUACAUAUCUUGCUUGAUUUAGAAUAUAGUCAUUGCUGCUCAUACGCUGUGUACCGACGUCAUAUGUGACUGCG